AUGGCCUCACCAGAGGAGUCUUUCAUCAAACCUGAUUUUGUCUUGAUCGAUCUCACAGACGACUCGGAUGAUCAGCCAACAGCUGAACCGGAAAAGAUUCCAGGGACUGAAGCGCCUAUCAAGCAGGAGCCCACUGACGAUUCAGCUGAUCUUUCUUCUGGUGGCCGUUUCAGUUACGUUGACGAAGACGAUGCUACCCUACGUCACGAAGAGCACGUUGGUGUCACCACCACAGAAAAGAUUCUGGAAUCCGAUGAUGAUGACGACAUCGUUCCUGGCGGCUUUGCCGAACCAGCAGGCGAUGACGAUAACAACGAUGCCGAUCGAGUGGAUUGGAAUGCUGCUUUGGACAAGGAUCCUACAUCAGCAAACCAACAGGCUAUUGCUGCAUUUGCUCGUCUCAAGGCAGAAUACGAGAGAAAGAAAGCCCGUAGUUUUGCGACUCAGGCGGAUCACAUUCAGUUCGCAGCAGACGAGCGUGCAGAAAUCAAACGCCAAAGAGACCAUGAGCGAAGCCAAUUGAUCUCGGAGGAGCCCCGGGAGCCGUCGCGCCCACCUUGGGAAUAUGCCGAGGAAGACCUCCUGUUCAUCCCAGAGGCCCCGGAGCCAUCGGCGAGUCGCUUCAAAGAGAGAGCAAUCCCCAAGCCCAAGAACCGUAUUAAUGCACAGGAGAUGCGAAGCAUAAGAGAAAACUACGACCGACAGAUGACGAACGGCCGCCAAAGAAGAAGAAGCUUGGUCUCAAGUCCGGGACCGUCAAAGCCCCCCAAGAAGAGAGGUCGGAAAGGCCCAAGAUUAACCAACCUCGAAAGCUUGACCAAAACCAAUAUUGUGCAAGCCGCUCAAGCAAAUAUUUCGAGACCUGAUAUGCCCACGUUCACAACCAAGAGGAAAGCAAAAGCAUUGCAAGACCUGAUUGCAGGCAUCCCAUCAGCUGACCGAGGCUCCCACCGCUCUGAUAAAGCCGCAAUUCUCGAGGCGACAAAGAAGUUCAAGGGUUUCGGUGCAGUAAGAUCAGACGGCCAAGGUGGGUGGAAACUGAAGGGUACGAAGUCAUCAUUGUACCACCACCAGCUGCUUGGUGCGGUUUUUUUACGAGACCGCGAGAAUAACGAGUGGAGACCCAGAGGUGGUUUGGUCUGUGAUGAAAUGGGAUUCGGGAAGACGGUUCAGAUGAUUGCCAAUAUUCUCGAUGGCAAGCCUGAUGUGGACAGUCCUCAUGUCAAGCCCGAUAAACUUGGCCGAAUUCUUCGAUACCAUUCCGGCUCCCGCCUUCAGAGCAAUGAUAUCCUCUCAGAUCUAACGGCAUACGAUAUCAUUAUCACGACCUAUAGGGAGGUCCACAGGAGCUAUCCAUUGACGGAUCCACCGAAACAUUUAGGCAGCGAAGCCAAGAAGUUCGACGGGGAGAACGUGGGCCCACUGCACCGAAUCAAAUUCCACCGUAUUGUUCUGGACGAAGCUCAUCAUAUCAAGAACCACACAUCCAAGACGUUCAUGGCCGUCCGUGCCCUUACUGGCAACUUCAAGUGGUGCAUCACUGGCACUCCGGUUUUGAACUACAUCGAAGAGCUAUUCUCCUACUUCCAUUUUCUCAAGGUUCCGCAUACUGGUGACUAUCCAACAUUUAUCCACAAUUACUGCCACAACCGCACGAAUAAAGCUCCUGCGAACAUGGAGCGGAUCCGCAAUAUUCUCCGGGCGAUUACGUUGAGAAGAACCCACGUGGACACUUUGUUCAAUGCUCCCAUCGUCAAGCUCCCGGGGAUCUCUCAUGAAACUCACAACGUCGAAUUCAAUCCAAUUGAGAGGGCUAUCUACACUAUGGUGAAAACAAGAUACAUUGGUCAAAUCAACAGUUAUUCGAAAAGAGGAGAACUCAAUGCAAAUUACAGAAAUAUCCUUUCCAUGCUUCUACGCCUCAGGAUGCUAUGCUCGCACAUUUUACUCUGCCAGGAUGUCCUGAAGCAGGUGUUCGUGGCUUCUGAUAUCGAGACUUUGUGGCGCUUGAUGGCUAAAGAGGUCGAAAGAUCAAGGGCUGAAAAUUCAACCGAAAUGAUUGAUUCACUCAGAAGAAUGAUUCGAUCCGAGGACCAGGUCAUUCAUACAUACCAGGCUAAAAACACGGAGGGAACGGCUCAAACGCCAGUGGAUACAACUCACGAGGCCGAAAGCCGAGAGGAUCCGGGCUCCGGAGGUUCUUUUGGACUCUACUUCAAAUUUCGAAAGUUUCUGCGCGAAUUGAGCGAGUCCAAAAUAUGGCUGGAAUUACACCUUCGGUCCACUUGUGCCAAAUGCCGUCUUCCUCCAGACGAUCCGAUGUGCACUUCAUGCUUUCACGUAUAUUGCAAAGAAUGCAUCAAUGCGAUGGAAUUCGAUCGCCAGGAGAAGGCCGAAGAGAAAAUUACUCGUCUAGAAUGUGGCGCCCAUUUCGAAGAGACAUCGCCAUGCUCAGGCCUUAAAGAACUAGGAUACAACGGCGAAGAAGUCGUCCGAAAGGUUGGAAAGGCGAAGAAUAAGAAACAACACAAGCAGGAUGCCAGAACCCGACCCAAUAGUGCGGCAUCAGUUGAAGAAAGUGAUGGCGAAGAAGACCAAGAUAAAGAUUGGAUUGUGAUGGGGGACAUUGUCUUACCUUCGUCAAAACUCCUGGCGACGAAAGCGGCAAUCCUCAACUGGUGA